AUGAGAUCACCAACUUUCUUGGGUGAUAAAGGUUUACGAACACUGUUCAAUAUUGAAUGUAAACAAGGAAAAGCAAUUCAAACACAUUCGUAUUUCAAGGAAGAAAGUGAAGUUUUAUUAAUGCCGAGAUUUUAUUUUAAAGUCACUGAUGAAUUUCGAUCUGGAGAUGGUUUAAAUAUUAUUCAUUUAUGUGAAACAACCCCUGAUUAUGAACUCAUUAAACCGCCUUUUCCUAAUCAAACACCGCUAACAUUGCCGUCGAUGGUUCAAGCACAACUUCAAGGAUCAUCUUUUUCUGUCGGUUUUCGUUUUCGACGCGCAAAUAAAACACAAUCUACGUGGUGUUAUGUUAGAAACAAUUUUGCCGAUCGAGUAACUUUUGAUAAUCCACAAUACAUUAAAGUUACAGAUCACAAACAUGCACCGAAUCCAGACGAAAUGAUAGCGAUGAAACUCAAAUCCGAAAUCAUUGAAUGUACAGCAACAUCGAAGGACCCACUGAUUAUGGUUGAGAAAUUGCAAGCUGCACUUGUAAAAAUAACAAAACGCUCUGCAUAUGAGUAUAUGGAUGAAUAA